AAAAAAAAAAAAAAAAAAAAAAAACCCACGCACCCGUAUAAAUACUCCAAAUUAAGAAAUGAAAUCGCUGGAGAAAUUACAAAGCCCUAAUUAUAGUGAAUAAUGGAAGCUGAUGUUUCUAUUUCUCAGUGUUAAAAGCGCUGUAAUAAUAGUUGAAAGAGUUUUUCUAUUUUUUGGGGGGGUUUCGUGGGCUUGUGAAGAUCUUGGGAAGUUGAAACAGGAUCGAGUAAAUAUGGUGAAUUUCAGGGUAACUGUGUGGUGUUUUUGCUGUUUAAUGGGUGCUUUCAAAGCGUUUGGUAACGUGGUUUUGAUUGGGAAUAAUGUUACCUUGUCUUUUGCAGACAUUGAAGCUAAUUUCGCUCCAUCGGUCAAAGGAUCCGGGAUAUCUGGCACAUUGCAUGUGGCGGAACCUUUGGAUGCAUGCUCACCAUUGACUAAUAAAAUCAAUUCAGAAAAGAAUGAUACCAGGUCUCCAUUUGUGUUGAUAAUUAGAGGGGGAUGUAGCUUUGAGGAUAAAGUCAGAAGUGCACAAGCUGCACAAUUCAAAGCAGCCAUUGUCUAUGACAGUGAAAAUGGUGAUUUAGUUGCAAUGGCAGGAAAUGCUGCUGGUAUAAAAAUACAUGCUGUGUUUGUUUCCAAAGCUUCAGGUGAAAAACUGACACAAUAUGCUGGUGCUGCUGACGUGGAACUCUGGAUAAUCCCAAGCUUUGAAAAUUCGGCAUGGUCAAUCAUGGCUAUAUCUUUCAUUUCGUUACUUGCAAUGUCAGCAGUGUUAGCUACCUGUUUCUUUGUCCGGAGGCAUCGCAUUAGAAGAGAGCGGCCACAAGCUCCAUGUGUAAGGGAAUUCCAUGGGAUGAGCAGUCGUCUGGUGAAAGCCAUGCCGAGCUUAAUUUUCACAUCUGUUCUGGAGGAUAAUUGUACUUCACAGACAUGUGCUAUAUGUCUUGAAGACUAUACCGUUGGAGAGAAGCUCAGAAUUCUGCCAUGCCGCCACAAAUUUCAUGCAACUUGCGUUGAUGCUUGGCUAACAGCGUGGAGAACAUUCUGUCCCGUAUGCAAACGUGAUGCAAGAACUAGCACUGGUGAUCCACCGGCAUCAGAAUCUACACCGUUGCUUUCAUCUACUCCAGGUUCUUUUCCUUCAUCUUCCAUAUUAUCAUCUUUUAGAUCAUCGCCAGCAUCAUCCCCGGCCAUACAAAUAGCCCCAGCAUCAUUUCAAUCUUCUUCACUUUCUCGUCCCAAUUCCAUCUCUAUCACUCCUUAUAACCAGCAGUCUCUUCAGUCACAUCGUCAAUCUUCGCAUCUUAGUAUGAGUCGAAGCUCAGUCGACCUCAGGAACAUGUCUUCCCAAAGAUCCCGUGCUGCUUAUUUAGUUUCACCUCACUCGUUAGGAUAUCCCUCGUUUUCCCCUAUAAAUUCCAGAUACAUGUCUCCAUAUAUACCUAGCCUGGGCAAUGCUUCUUCAAGUUAUAUUGGGUCGUCUAGUCGUCAACCUAAUCCACUACAUUACAGCGAGUCAGCCACAAGCUUUUCACCAUUUGAUUCGGCCCAGUCUCUUCCUGGCUGUUGAUGAAAUUUAGUUAAUGUGGCUGUCGAUUAGGCUAGAGCUCAUUGGAGGAAUGAAGAAUCAUGUGGUCGAAUUAUUUCCUCAUUAGACGAAAAGAUUUAAAUGCACGGUCAGAUGUCGACCAUUGUGGUGGAUUGCAUAUGACAGAUGGUUCAGCAACGAAUUGCGCCCGACUUGUACAUUUCAUAAGGUUGAUAAUUUGGAUGUUUGAAUUUAAGGUGAUUUGCACACAGACAAAGCAAUUGGCAAUUUGUGCUGUACUAAUUUCCUUUAGUUGUUCUUUUGGUGAGUGUUGAGGUUGUAAUAGUAUAUAUUUACAGUUCAUAGAGGCAUAACACUAACUUGUCAAAAGGCUCUUCCGCUUGUUUGUAACCAACUAUGCUUCAUUCAAGAGUUGAUAACUGUUUUGUCGAUUGUU